CUACAGGUGAUCCGGACGAGUCCAGAUUGCAGGAUCAUCUCUGAAAAAACAAACCUCUGUGAGCCAUGCUGUCUCCCAUGUAUGCAGACAGCUCAGUCAUCAUGGAGAGAGCGCCGCCCUUGCGGAAGGGAGGGAGAGUGCAACCUCAGGGCCACAAACUGCGCUCUCAUCCUCCCACCAGCGGAAGCAGUGUUUGUGCCAACCCGACCUACUAUCAUACUGUGUAUGACAUGAGUGAUGCAGCAUGCCAUGACUACAGCAAAGCUAAUGGAGGGGAAACGGUAAUGAUCGAUGGGACACUUUACUCUUUGAUGCCCAGUGACUCUCUGGUUCCUCCUAUCAGAAGGAGAGGAGGCCUAGUUGACCACCGUGAUGUCAUCAAAGCACACCAAUCCCAUAAAUUGCAGAGCACUCCACAGGCCCAACGAAAACAAUGGGAAAUGGCUCGGUUCGGAGACGAAGUGCCGGGCAGGUAUGGCGGUGGGGGCUCCGGCCAGGGGGGACCCGGCCGCGGCGGCAGCAGGCAGGGCGGCCCGCCAGGGCCCCAAAGGAUGUAUAAGCAAUCGAUGGCCCAGAGAGCCCGGACCAUGGCCCUCUAUAACCCGAUCCCGGUCCGACAGAACUGCCUGACGGUCAACCGCUCUCUGUUUCUCUUCAGUGAAGACAACCUAGUGAGAAAAUACGCCAAAAAGAUCACCGAAUGGCCUCCAUUUGAGUGGAUGAUUCUGACCACCAUCAUUGCCAACUGCAUCGUACUGGCUCUUGAACAACACUUACCAGAUGGAGACAAAACUCCACUGUCAGAACGACUGGAAGAUACAGAGCCCUAUUUCAUUGCAAUUUUCUGCUUCGAGUCGGGGAUUAAGAUUCUUGCACUGGGAUUUGCCUUCCACAAGGGCUCCUACCUGAGAAACGGCUGGAACGUGAUGGACUUUGUAGUGGUGCUCACUGGUAUCCUGUCCUCCGUGGGGUCAGAAUUAGACCUGCGGACAUUGCGAGCAGUCAGAGUGUUGCGGCCGCUAAAACUGGUGUCAGGAAUUCCAAGCCUGCAGGUGGUGCUGAAGUCUAUUAUGAAGGCUAUGAUUCCACUACUGCAAAUUGGUGUGCUCUUAUUUGUGGCCAUCCUUAUGUUUGCCAUCAUUGGCCUGGAGUUCUACAUGGGCAAAUUCCACCGCACCUGCUUCGACAAUAUCACAGGCGAAAUGGUUGAUGAACAGCCCUGUGGUGAGGAAUUUCCAGCUCGAGAGUGUCAGAAUGGGUUGGUGUGUUCUGAAUACUGGCUCGGGCCAAACUAUGGCAUCACACAGUUCGACAACGUCCUUUUUGCCGUGCUCACUGUUUUCCAGUGCAUCACCAUGGAGGGUUGGACUGAUAUGCUUUAUUACAGCAAUGAUGCCUUAGGGAGUGCCUGGAACUGGAUGUACUAUGUUCCCCUCAUCAUCAUCGGAUCCUUCUUCAUGCUUAAUCUGGUGUUGGGUGUCCUCUCAGGUGAGUUUGCCAAAGAAAGAGAGCGUGUGGAGAACAGGAGCGAGUUCCUCAAGCUCAAACGUCAGCAGCAGAUUGAGAGAGAGCUCAAUGGAUAUCUGGAGUGGAUCUGUAAAGCAGAGGAAGUCAUACUCGCCGAGGACGACGAUGGCACCGGAACUUGUCGCAGGCCCACCAUAAAGAAAAACAAAGCUGACCUGUUAAAUCCAGAAGAAGGAGAGGACCACAUGGGAGACGCAGUUGGCACACCUUUUGCUCGUGGGAGCAUAAAGAGCGGAAAGGGAGAUGGGACUGCAUUUAGCAAGAAAGAGCGACGUCUUCGCUUCUUGAUUCGAAAGAUUGUAAAGACUCAGGCGUUCUACUGGACUGUCCUUAGCCUGGUGGGACUCAACACACUGUGUGUGGCUGUAGUACACUACGAUCAGCCCGAACUACUGUCGGACUUCCUCUAUUAUGCUGAGUUCAUUUUCCUAGGCCUCUUUAUGUCAGAGAUGCUGAUUAAGAUGUACGGACUGGGGACGCGCCCUUAUUUCCACUCCUCUUUCAACUGUUUCGACUGUGCCGUCAUCGUUGGCAGCAUAUUUGAGGUGUUCUGGGCCAUGGUGAAGCCAGGGACAUCCUUUGGAAUCAGCGUGUUACGAGCUCUCCGACUGCUUAGGAUCUUCAAAGUCACCAAAUACUGGGCAUCUUUGCGUAAUCUAGUAGUGUCGCUUCUGAGCUCCAUGAAGUCCAUUAUCAGUUUGCUUUUCCUUCUCUUCCUCUUCAUCGUGGUCUUUGCUCUUCUCGGGAUGCAGCUGUUCGGUGGACAGUUUAACUUUGAGCUAGGCACUCCUCCCACAAACUUUGAUACUUUCCCUGCUGCCAUUAUGACAGUGUUUCAGAUUCUAACCGGAGAGGAUUGGAACGUAGUGAUGUAUGACGGCAUUAAGUCUCAGGGAGGGGUGGACAAAGGAAUGGUCUUCUCCAUAUUCUUCAUUGUCCUUACACUCUUUGGCAACUACACACUACUGAAUGUAUUCUUGGCUAUCGCUGUGGACAACUUGGCCAAUGCUCAGGAACUAACUAAGGAUGAACAGGAAGUAGAGGAGGCCACAACACAAAAGAUUGCACUCCAGAAAGCGAAAGAAGUGGCGGAAGUGAGCCCACUGUCUGCUGCCAACCUAUCUAUUGCUGCAGUUACAGUAAAAUCUGAACGUAUCGAUGCCACAGACAGUUUGCUGGACUGUAAAGAGCAGCAGAAGAACUCAAAAGUUUCCAAGUCAGUGUGGGAGCAGCGCACAAGUGAGAUGCGCAGACAAAACCUGAUGACCAGCAGAGAGGCGCUUUACAAUGAACUUGAUGCAGAAGAUCACUGGAAGGUGACCCGUGCUGACAAAAUUAGUCACAAAGGUAGCUUAUCAACGGCUCGUCCAAUUCAGCCUGGUCUUCCUCAUGCAGAGAGCCAGUACAGCGAGGAUCUGGACAACCUGCGCAAUAGCAGCAAGAUGGCCAUCCACAACCCUGACCCCGACUUUUAUGACCCCUACUGUGACCCAGAGCAGGCCAAUAACCUGCUGAACCUGCGUGGACCAGAUUUCCAUGACAGCAGUCUUAUACUGACAGACUGCACCAAAACCCCCAGUAAACUUGACCACACUGCCAUAGAUAUGCCUCCGAUUUACCCCUCAUUCAACGCCAAGUUACAAGUGAACAAGAAUGCCAACACAGAGCCAGCUAAAGGAGGAGAGAAGAAAGAGGAGGAGGAAGACGAUGGUGGCGAUGAAGACGGCCCCAAACCUAUUCCACCGUUCAGUUCCUGUUUCAUCCUAUCCACAACCAACCCGUUCCGAAGAUGUUGUCAUUACAUCCUGACGCUACGUUAUUUCGAGAUGUGUAUUCUGUCAGUCAUCGCUAUGAGCAGCAUUGCUUUAGCUGCGGAAGAUCCGGUGUGGCCGGAAUCACCUCGAAACAAUGUAUUGCGUUACUUUGACUAUGUCUUCACUGGUGUCUUCACCUUUGAGAUGCUCAUCAAGAUGGUGGUGUUAGGCUUGGUUUUGCAUGAGGGCUCAUAUUUUCGUGACCUGUGGAACUUUCUGGACUUUGUAGUGGUUAGUGGUGCCCUGGUAGCCUUUGCCUUCACGGGGAGCAGUAAGGGGAAAGACAUCAGUGUCAUCAAGUCUCUGAGGGUUCUAAGGGUGCUACGUCCCCUGAAGACCAUCAAACGUCUUCCCAAACUAAAAGCGGUGUUUGACUGUGUAGUGAACUCUCUGAAGAACGUGUUGAACAUCCUCAUUGUCUACAUGCUGUUCAUGUUCAUCUUUGCUGUGGUGGCCGUGCAGCUCUUUAAGGGACGAUUCUUCUACUGCACCGACGAGUCCAAAGAGUUUGCCCGUGACUGCAGGGGCGAGUAUUUGGUGUAUGAGCGCAAUAAUGAGGUCAAAUCGCAGAAGCGGGAGUGGAAGAAGUACGAUUUCCACUACGACAACGUGCUUUGGGCCCUGCUUACUCUCUUUACUGUGUCCACCGGAGAGGGAUGGCCGCAGGUGUUGAAGCACUCUGUGGACUCUACCUAUGAGGACCAGGGCCCGAGCCCGGGGUAUAGGAUGGAAAUGUCCAUCUUUUACGUGGUGUACUUCGUUGUCUUCCCCUUCUUCUUCGUAAACAUCUUUGUAGCUCUCAUCAUCAUCACUUUCCAGGAGCAAGGAGACAAGAUGAUGGAGGACUACAGCCUCGAAAAGAAUGAAAGAGCCUGUAUUGAUUUUGCAAUAAAUGCCAAACCUCUAACGCGCCACAUGCCUCAGAACAAGCAAAGCUUUCAAUACCGAAUGUGGCAGUUUGUGGUGUCACCUCCAUUUGAGUACAGUAUCAUGGCUCUCAUCGCGCUCAACACCAUCGUCCUUAUGAUGAAGUACCAUGGGGCCCCUCCAACGUAUGAUGCAGUCCUGAAGAACCUGAAUAUAGUGUUCACCACACUGUUCUUCAUGGAGUGUGUUCUGAAAAUCAUUGCAUUUGGUGUCCGAAAUUAUUUCCGAGAUGCUUGGAAUAUUUUUGAUUUUGUUUCCGUUAUCGGCAGCAUCACUGACAUUUUAGUGACAGAGCUUUGGGAUAACUUCAUAAACCUGAGUUUUCUGAGACUAUUCCGAGCAGCACGUCUCAUUAAGCUCUUGAGGCAGGGCGAGACCAUUCGCAUUCUACUUUGGACUUUCGUUCAAUCAUUUAAGGCUCUGCCGUAUGUGUGCCUGCUCAUUGCAAUUCUGUUCUUCAUCUAUGCCAUCAUUGGCAUGCAGUUGUUUGGAAACUUGGCGCUGGAUAAGGAGGAAGACAGUGCGAUCAAUGAACACAAUAACUUCAGAACAUUCAUUAUGGCCCUGAUGCUACUCUUCAGGAGUGCCACAGGUGAGGCAUGGCAUGAGAUCAUGCUGGCGUGUCUCGGAGGAAUGGAGUGUGAUGAUAACUCUGGGAACGAGGGGCCAGAGUGCGGCAGCAACUUUGCUUAUGCCUACUUUGUCUCUUUCAUCUUCCUCUGUUCUUUCCUGAUGCUGAAUCUUUUUGUCGCUGUCAUCAUGGAUAACUUUGAGUACCUGACCAGGGAUUCCUCCAUUCUGGGUCCACAUCAUUUGGAUGAGUAUGUCAGGAUUUGGGCAGAGUACGACCCAGCAGCCUGCGGCAGGAUCAGUUACAGUGAUAUGUAUGAGAUGCUCAGGCACAUGUGUCCUCCACUAGGCCUGGGGAAGAGGUGCCCAGCUCGGGUCGCCUACAAGAGACUGCUUCGCAUGGACCUACCUGUUGCAGAUGACAACACGGUGCAUUUCAACUCCACUCUGAUGGCUUUGAUACGCACAGCUCUGGACAUCAAAAUCGCUAAGGGAGGCGCAGACAAACACCAGAUGGACGCGGAGCUCCGUAAGGAAAUGAUGGCGAUUUGGCCAAAUCUCUCCCAGAAGAACCUGGAUCUGCUGGUAACACCACACAAGUCAGCGACAGACCUGACAGUAGGCAAAAUCUACGCCGCCAUGAUGAUUAUGGAGUACUACCGGCAGAGCAAGGCCAAAAAGCUGCAGGCGCUUCGUGAGGAGCAGAACCGAACGCCAUUAAUGUUUCAGCGCUUGGAGCCAUCCCCGAACCAGGAAGGGGGACAGGGGGUGAACGGUCUCCCCGAGUUGCCGCAGGAACCUGUCAACAGCCUGCCUCUGGAGGGUGGAAUGAUCGAGAGCCAGUCGUGGGUGACGUCACGAGCCCAGGAAAUGUUCCAGAAGCCUGUUCCGGAAAACUGGAACCCUGACAGACCAUAUCCUGAAGACCAUCACGACAGCCGCCACAGUCCACAGACGGUAGAAAUGAGAGAGAUUGGGCCUGUUGGGGACGGUUACUCGGACACUGAGCCCUAUCACCCAAUGGAAGGGCAUGGGCGGACCAUCUCCAUGCCACGCCUCUCAGCAGACAACCAAAGUGUGCGUUCUGCUGCGCGACGGAGACACAGGCCGCGAGGAAGUAACCUCAGUACCAUCACAGACACAAGUCCAAUGCGCCGUUCUACAUCCUCAUUGGUCCACGGACGUUCAGGUCGAGGCGUGCGAUUGGACGAUUACUCUUUGGAACGGGUGGUGUCAGAAGAGGGUCACCGACAUGGUCCGCAAAGAAGACAACGAGAUCGAGAUCGGGAGAGAGACCGCAGUCACCGCACCUCAGAGAGAUCCCUUGCCCGCUAUACAGAUGCAGACACAGGUCUGGGCACGGAUCUUAGCACCACUACACAGUCAGGUGACCUCCCACCUAAAGAGAGAGAACGAGAACGGGGUCGUGCAAAAGACCGUCGCCACCACCAUCAUCAUCAUCACCACCACAGCUCGGUGGAUAAGGAGCGGUGCAGUCAUGAGCGUGACUACCACCGCCAUCCACACGACAGAUCUGAUCGCCACUGGUCCCGCUCACCGAGUGAGGGGAGAGGGCAUAGACAGGGCAGUAGUUCUGUGAGUGGAAGCCCCGUUCCCUCGACGUCGGGGACCAGCACCCCCCGGCGUGGCCGUCGGCAGUUGCCCCAGACACCGUCUACACCGCGUCCUCAUGUCACCUACUCCCCUGCCGUCCGCAAGCCUCCGUACGGCUCCCCGGGCCAGGGUAGACUCCGUUCCCCUUCCCCGCAACAAUUCUCUCCAUCAGGUCACGAACCGCCCUACCAUCGUCCACCCUCCCGCCACGCCUCGCCCCAUCACGGCUCACCCCAGCACGCCUCCCCGCGCUCCCCCAGGCAUGCAUCGCCCAGGUCCCCACGUCACGGCCGCUGGGGUCCGCCAUCUGACAGCCUAGAGGGCGACGGACCUUUCUACGAUCGGGACUAUGAGUACGAGCGGCACCAUGAGCCGCCUGCCUACGAGCAGAGUCUAUCACAGGGCAACCCCCACCCUCAUUCACACCCGCAUCCCCGAUUGCCAAGGACUGCUCUUCACGGGCCUCCCUCGCACCCACGCCGUAUGCCUAACGGCUACCGUUCCUCCUCGCCCUCCCCGCACCGGCGUGGCCCCCACCCAGGCCCACACCGGCCACCCCAUGGCCGUGGGCCCCGGAAGGGGUUGCACGAACAAUAUAGCGAGACGGACGAGGAUGAUUGGUGUUAGUGCGCAGGGUGACCAGGAGGGGGCGCCACUGGACUUAAACCAAGAUGUUUAUGCACCGCAGCAGGGAGAGAGGGGGGCAGAAGGGGAAAUGCAAACAGGGCGAAUGGCCCAUUGUGAGACUCUGAACAUUGGAGCAGCACAUACAGCUCCCCUACUCUCUCUCUCUCUAAUGCUUUCUCCUGUUCUCUGGACUACGUUUCCCAUGCUGCUCAGCACGCAAAGGAAUGGGAGCGUAUGAGCGACAAAUGGAGUGGUUGCGUUUAUGGACUGAACUUUAAAGAUCAGAGUCGUUGUGUUUAAAUGCUCCACACCAGACUGAGUAAGACCGAUUUCUUCUUGACCGAUGGGAAAAAUGAGCAACAUCCUCUGUCGAUCAGAAAAAAAAAGAAUUUUGAAAAUGAAGCCAGAACCCAUUUUCCCCCUCAUAUCUAUGCCUCUUAAAAAGACCCAAAAAAUAAAAAGAGAAGGAAAAAAUAGACAUUGUUGAAGAAAAAGUAAGUGCUCUUGUGAACGAGAGCUCUACCUACUGCAAAACCAGCCCCAUGUGCUGGCCAAUAUUGAUGAGUUUUAUCAUCUGCGUUUACUGUUACCAACUCAAGAUGCUGAGUGACCUCAUCACCUGGGGUAGGGGUUUACUGUCAGAGAGGCGUGGCAUAUGAAAGGACUCAGCGCAGGCGUGAGGAGGCGAGUGGGCGUGGCACACUGAAACCCCACCCACUAACUGCCACUCGGUCCUGACAAGGAUAAGACAGCGGGAAAAAAACUAAAUGGCAGAAGAGGGAGGGACGGAAAGACCAUUUCCUCUUCAGAAUGUCUUCAGUUGAUUACAUCUUCUUUUUGAACAUUUGGAGCUUGGUUAUUCUGUUGCAUUUGCUCAGCUUUCUUUGAUAUUUUUGGACUAAAAUCUGAUGGAAACUUGCAUGAU